UACAAUUGAGGAGUCGGCAACAAAGCAGCACGCUAAAUAGUUUUGGGCUACAUACAAUGCUAAAUAGUUUUGGGCUACAUACAAUGCUAAAAUAGUUUUUGGCUACAUACAAUUCUAAAUAGUUUUGGGCUACAUACAAUGCUAAAAUAGUUUUGGGCUACAUACAAUGCUAAAUAGUUUUGGGCUACAUACAAUGCUAAAUAGUUUUGGGCUACAUACAAUGCUAAAUAGUUUUGGGCUACAUACAAUGCUAAAUAGUUUUGGGCUACAUACGAUGCUAAAAUAGUUUUGGGCUACAUACAAUUCUAAAUAGUUUUGGGCUACAUACGAUGAUAACAUGUCCGUUUGUUGGCUUGUCAGUCAGGAGGAAACGCACAAACCAAUUAUGUUGCCCCAUCUUCAGCCAGUUGUCCUGGGUCGAGGGCCAGAAACCACCAUUAAAGACAAGAAGUGCUCCAGGGAGCAAGUCGAAUUGAAAGCCGACUGCAACAAAUGCCUUGUCAGUGUUAAGCAGCUGGGCGUCAACCCCACCUGCAUAGGCUCCCGGGUGUUGGGUCACGGGAAGGAGGUGAAAAUGAAGGCCGGAGAGUUGCUUUACAUUGUCAAUGAGCUGUACCCCUACACCGUGCAGUUCAAGGAAGACGGUUCUGGAAGCCGCAAAAGACCCCUCGAGAUGUCUACAGCGGACAAAGAAAGCCACAAAGAGGCUGCGAGUGUGAAGGCGGCCAAACACACGGAAGAAUUACCCAGUGGGAGAAGUGAAAGUGUUGGCCAUUGGAGCCAAGGCCUGAAGGCGUCGAUGCAGGACCCCGACAUGCAGGUGUAUAAGGACGACCAGGUGGUGGUCAUCAAAGACAAAUACCCCAAGGCGCGUUACCAUUGGCUGGUCCUGCCGUGGGUGUCCAUUGCGAGCCUGAAGGCCCUGCGCAAGGAGCACUGCGGCCUGCUGCGCCACAUGCACGGCGUGGCUGAGCAGAUGGUGCAACAGUGCCCACAGGCCAGGUCCUUAGACUUCCGCAGUGGCUACCACGCCAUUCCCAGCAUGAGCCAUGUGCACCUCCACGUGAUCAGCCAAGACUUUGACUCUUCUUGCCUGAAGAACAAAAAGCACUGGAACUCCUUCACCACCGAAUAUUUCAUCAAUUCCCAGGACGUGAUCGGCAUGCUUGAAAGCCGUGGAAGGGUGACAGUCAGAGAAGGCACCGGUGACUUGUUGAAGGCACCCCUCAGGUGCCACCUGUGUCGACACCAGCUUGCCACUAUACCCGCUCUGAAACAGCAUCUGAAGUCUCACUUUCCCAGCUGAGAGUGACGCCCUCAAACGCAACACGGUCGUCAUAGGUAAGGGGUGUCCAAACUUUUUCAAUGUGGGUUCAACAUAUGUCAAGCAGCUGAACGUGCAGUGGGACCUCAAUUUACCAACCUAAUUGGUUCUUGAACAGGGUUCGUAAAUCGAAAAGUUCAUAUAGUGAAGCAGUUUUCUUCCUAGGAAACAAUGUAAAUAUAAAUAAUUGGUUCCAGCCCCGACGAAAGUCCAUAUUUUAGUGAAGGUUUGUAGACUUUGAACACAACUAUCUUUUUAUUAACAAGCCAAAAACAACGACAAGCUGAACUGCUGUCUGCCAACACACACACACACACGCAGAAGUCCCUUUGGUGCCCUCACAUACUAUUAGAAAUCCCCAAAAUCCUUCACUUUAACAAGCCAAAACAAAAACAACGACAAUCUGCUGUCCUCUGUAUGCGCUGCUCUGCCAACACACACACAGAAGUCCCUUUGGUGCCCUCACAAAUAAUUAGAAAUCACAAUAAUCCUUCACUUUAAGAAGCCAAAACAACGACAAUCUGCUGUCCUCUGUAUGCGCUGCUCUGCCAACACGCACACACACACACACACACACACACACACACAGAAGUCCCUUUGGUGCCCUCACAAAUAAUUAGAAAUCACAAAAAUCUUUCACUUUAAGAAGCCAAAACAACGACAAUCUGCUGUCCUCUGUAUGCGCUGCUCUGCCAACACGUGCACACACACACAGAAGUCCCUUUGGUGCCCUCACAAAUAAUUAGAAAUCACAAAAAUCCUUCACUUUAAGAAGCCAAAACAACGACAAUCUGCUGUCCUCUGUAUGCGCUGCUCUGCCAACACGCACACACACACACACAGAAGUCCCUUUGGUGCCCUCACAAAUAAUUAGAAAUCACAAAAAUCUUUCACUUUAAGAAGCCAAAACAACGACAAUCUGCUGUCCUCUGUAUGCGCUGCUCUGCCAACACGUGCACACACACACAGAAGUCCCUUCGGUGCCCUCACAAAUAAUUAGAAAUCACAAAAAUCCUUCACUUUAAGAAGCCAAAACAACGACAAUCUGCUGUCCUCUGUAUGCGCUGCUCUGCCAACACGUGCACACACAUGCAGAAGUCCUUUUGGUGCCCUCACAAACAAUUAGAAAGCACACAAAUCCUUCACUUUAACAAGCCAAAACAAAAACAACGACAAUAUGCUGUCCUCUGUAUGCGCUGCUCUGCCAACACGCGCACACACACACAGAAGUCCCUUUGGUGCCCUCACAAAUAAUUAGAAAUCACAAAAAUCCUUCACUUUAACAAGCCAAAACAAAAACAACGACAAUAUGCUGUCCUCUGUAUGCGCUGCUCUGCCAACACGCGCACACACAUGCAGAAGUCCCUUUGGUGCCCUCACAAACAAUUAGAAAUCACACAAAUCCUUCACUUUAACAAGCCAAAACAAAAACGACGACAAGCUGCUGUCCUCUGUAUGCGCUGCUUUGCCAACACGCACGCACACAUGCAGAAGUCCCUUUGGUGCCCUCACAAACAAUUAGAAAUCACAAUAAUCCUUCACUUUACCCAGCCAAAACAAAAAUGACCAGCUGCUGUCCUCUGUAUGUGCUGCUCUGCCAACACGCGCACACACAUGCAGAAGUCCCUUUGGUGCCCUCACAAACAAUUAGAAAUCCCCAAAAUCCUUCACUUUAACAAGCCAAAACAAAAACAACGACAAUAUGCUGUCCUCUGUAUGCGCUGCUCUGCCAACACGCGCGCGCACACACAGAAGUCCCUUUGGUGCCCUCACAAAUAAUUAGAAAUCACAAAAAUCCUUCACUUUAACAACCAUAUUGCGGCGAUAAUAAACAUUUAAAAUGUAAAAUUCACUUACAUUAACAUCGGCAAAGUAGGAACCGACAAGAAAAGACCAGACAGACGGAGGGAGGGAGAGAACAAGGGACCGGGUGGAGGGGCCGUGUGUGUUUGUGUGUGCGCUUGAAAGAGGCGCAGCUGAAUGAGAAGUAGCUCGUCUCCUCCGCUGUGAAAUAAGUCUGCUUUGGCAUAUUUUUCCAGAAAAGUCUGGUGUCAUCACAAUUAAUACUUGUUGUGGUACAAAGCCUGCUUCCUUGAUUCUUCCAUACUCUGUGAGCGCCAUUAUUGUACUUUUUGCAAAUAUUUUUUUUUUU